UAGGAUUGGGUGCAGUUGCAGACACCAAUGGCAAGCACGAGUUCUUCGUUCGAGAAGGAUGAGGAGCCGUCGGAUCCGCAGCUUCAGAAAAUCGCACCAGCCGAUCCGGCUGUUGGCCGCGGGCCAGCCGGAAACUCAGCGGAGCCGUCGACGACGGAGAUCAAGAAGAAGAAGAAGAAGGUGUUGAUCCAAGUGCCAGAUAGCGAUGUGAAACGUGUCCUCUCCUACAGGGAAGAAACCAGCGAUCUGAAGGUGCCUGGUCUCUUCGUCAGGAGAGACCCGAAACUGGCUGCGAACUGGGCCAUCAUGUUGGCUAACUUGGCCAUGUAUGACGAGCAGACAAAGGGGCGGAUGCUUGAGGAGCAGAGAGACUUUAGGCAGCAGUUAAAAACCAAGGGCAGAGUCACCUACGAGCUUGAGGUUGAUGAGGAUGAUGACAGAUUUAAAGAUGUUGAAUCCACCAGCUCAGGACAGAGGAGAUAUCGCCCGGGUGUCAUGAAACCCAAGGAUGGACAGACCAGGAAGCUAAAUUAAAAUCGGUUCUGGUUUUUAUCUUACUCUUACUCCAUCUGACCGUGCAAGUCUUUUUUUUCCAGUAUGUUGUGUCAAGAUUUACAUCAACAGUUACACUAGAAUGUUAUGUGAUUUUUCUC